UUUACAGCACACCAGUUGUUGGAGCUUAUGACAAAUAAGUCCAAGAGCAGCUGACAAUUUGGAAUUUGCAAUCUCAAGAAAAAUCUUCAUUCACUUUACCUGACCAUGAUCAUCUUUCCUUAUCUACCUCACAUUUCAACACUAAUCUCAGCCGCCAGAAUCAUAAGACACAUUUUAAGCUUGACUCUCUUGUAAUCAUCACCACUGCUCAAUUCUCAAACCCUUUUCUCAUCUAUCUCAGAAUCUCUGAAAAGAUUCCAGAUCAAGAAAGUUUCAAUCUUUGCUGAAUUUUGGGGCUUUUUGUAAAGUCCCAACUACCCAGAAAAGAUUUUGGAUCAAGAUUCAAGAAAGUUGCAAUCUUUACUGAAUUUUAUGUCUUUUUGGUGAAGUUCUCAAGAACAUGAAUACUAGUAGUUUAUUGGUUUUCUCUUUGAUGCUUUAUGUGUCUAUAUGGGUUUGUAUAGGUGCUACUCCAGUUUCAGCUGCUCCAUCUGCAUCACCAUCCACAAACUCAUCAGAUACAUGUCCUAUUGAUUUUGGGUAUGUUACAAAAGUGCAGUGGCCUAGUUCUGACUGCAAAGAUUUCCAAAAAAAUCAUAAUAACAGCCAGUGUUGUCAGACCUUGCUGAGUCUUUUUGGAAUUGGGCUGUCAAAAUACCUCAAGAACACUUCUCUUUUUCAGCUACCCAAUUUACCCACUUCAGUUUCUUGCUUAUCUGAUUUUCAGUCAAAUCUCAAUUCUUUAUCUUUACCCUCUAGUCUUGCUCUUGGUUGCUUUGACCCUUUCCAGUUUGUAACCACUCCAGAUAUUUGUGCUGGAAUUCAGUCCACUCAUGAUUGGUUAGACAAACUUGGUUCAUCAACUCAAGUUGAUUCUUCUUGCAGGCCAGACCUUACUGAUCUGUCUGCUUGUGGAGCUUGCGUCGCGGCCGGCUUGAGAGUUCAGGCAGAUUUGAUUGGAAUUGAUGGUAAUUCAUCUCAUUCCACUGAUUGUUUUUACUUUGCAAUUCUAUAUGCUGCUGGUAUAGUUAAUCAGUUGGGGCCUGAGAGUAAAGGAUCUGUAACUUGCAUAUUUGGACUUAAGGCUACAGAUGAUUCAAAAGGGAAGAGCAAGUCUGCUCUUGUUUUUGGACUAACUGGGGGGUUGGUUGCAAUUCUAGUAAUGUCAUUGUUAGUAGGAUUGUAUUUCUGGUAUGAGAGAAAGAAGAGGAGGGAUAUAGGCAAAACGUCUCGUUGGGGAGGGUCAGGGGAAAUGGAAUCUAGGUCGCGAAUGCGACCUAAUACUGGUUCAAUAUGGUAUAAGUUUCAUGAACUUGAGAUGGCUACUGAUAAUUUUUCGGAAAAGAACUUUAUUGGGAGAGGUGGAUUUGGACUUGUUUAUAAAGGGACAUUAUAUGAUGGAAGUGUGGUUGCUGUUAAGAAGAUUAUAGAAUCAGAUUUUCAAGGAAAUGCUGAGUUCUGUAAUGAGGUUGAGAUUAUCAGUAAUUUAAAGCAUAGAAAUCUUGUGCCAUUAAGAGGGUGUUGUAUUACUGGUGAUGAUAAAGAUAAAAGCGAAGAUAUUGAAAUGGGGGAUGAGGAUAGGUAUCUUGUUUACGAUUACAUGCCUAACGGAAAUCUUGAUGAUCAUUUGUUUCCCUCUUCUACUAGUAAGAGUGGAAUUAUUAAACAGCCACUGACAUGGCCUCAGAGAAAAAGCAUAAUUUUGGAUGUGGCUAAGGGGUUGGUUUAUCUUCAUUAUGGUGUCAAACCUGCAAUAUUUCAUAGAGACAUUAAAGCGACGAACAUCCUUCUUGAUGAACAUAUGAGAGCUAGAGUUGCAGAUUUCGGAUUAGCAAAACAAAGUAGGGAAGGGCAGUCUCAUCUCACCACAAGAGUGGCGGGAACUCAUGGAUACUUAGCCCCUGAAUAUGCUCUUUACGGGCAAUUGACGGAGAAGAGUGAUGUUUACAGCUUUGGAGUGGUUGUUCUGGAGAUUAUGUGUGGAAGAAAAGCUCUUGAUAUGUCUGCCACGGGAUCUCCUCGUGCAUUCUUAAUCACUGACUGGGCUUGGUCACUUGUUAAAGCAGGAAAGCUAGAUCAAGCUCUAGAUGCUUCUUUGUUAGGUGAUGGAGAUUCAGAUAGUCUAAAUCCGAAAGGGAUAAUGGAAAGAUUUAUUCUUGUUGGGAUAUUAUGUGCUCAUGUAAUGGUGGCAUUAAGGCCAACUAUAUCUGAUGCUCUGAAGAUGUUGGAAGGAGAUAUCGAGGUUCCUACAAUUCCUGAUAGGCCAAUGUCUCUCGCGCAUCCUUCAGCCUACAAGGAUGCCAAUAAUUUUAGUAUGUCUCCAGCAUUGAGUGGUCUGCAACUACUUUCUGGAGACAUGCUCAGAUGAUCAAGUCGCACAUAAAUGUUUGGAAGGAAUGUAAAAGAUCAAGAAAGGUUCAAACACACACACAUAAAUGAUCGUCCAUGUACACUUUGCCCAUAACUUGGAAGGUGCUCGACACUUUACAAGUUAAAAGAUUGUCGAAGGAUACUAAUCUGCAUCUAACUGCUAAUUCUGUUUGUACUUGAAGAGUCUGGCAAUGCAAGAAUGGAUCAAAUGGGCUUGGUUAAUGUAAUCAAACCCAGGCCAUUGUUUAUGUAUUUGGCUUGCAGGUGGAUUGUAAGAAUCAAGGGAAGAAGCUUCUUUCAAUCACUGAGUGUUAGGAUGUUGAAGAUUUAUGAUUUUGGAGUAGAUUAUAUAAUAUUUUGUAGCUUUGCAGUGGCAGUAUAUAUUUAUUAGAGGUUGAAGGUAAUAUUUGUAUAUACUAGACUUUUGUAAGCUAUUUAUUGUUUGUAACUCAAUAUAUAAAGAUUGGUCAUAAA